AUGACUGGAAAUGCCGACAACGGCACGAGCAAAGACAGGUGCAAAUUAGGAGCGCAAGGGGUUCGCGGCUUGGCGGGCCGCUCGCUAGUCCAGAACGGUCUUGGACGGGGGCGAGCGGAGCGUCGAACUGCUCUCAUGACGGGAGGGGGAGGGGACGAGAGAGAGUUCCACGUCCAUAGGGAACGGUUGUUCCUCAAUAUAUACGGGAAUGGCUACGACCGAACUACAUGCACUGUCGAACUCCAAGGCUCUUCCCCCCCGAUCGUGGCAUUUGUCAGGCCGUCACCAUAUACGAAGCAGGAGUUCUCCGCAUGGAGAGUUGUCGGAUGCGACGAGCAGAUGCUCAAACCCGCCCCGUUCACACGCGAGAUGUUUUGGGGGGAGACAAUGAUGUGGAGCGUGCAGCUCAGUCAAUGCCACCCGGUCCCCCCACACGUCCGCGCUUAA